CACACACACACACACACACACACACACACACACACACACACACACACACACACACACACACACACGCACAAACACACACACACACACACAUCACACACACACAAGACAGGAGGACAUGGACUGCACAGCGGCUGUGCAGAGCAUGGAGUGAGCGGUUGCUGUGGAAAGCUGGAAAGAGACUGGGGGCCCAGUCUGAGGACCUGAGGGAGGUCAGGGAGGCGGGGCUACACUGCAGGGGAUCUCUUUCCUGGGAACCACAGGGGGAACACUAGAUUACUUCGUGGGGUUCAUGGAUGUUCUGAGCCAAUCAGAAAUGAUCCCUCAUGAACUACAGGGAGCUCCUUCAUUGAGCUGGUGGGACUCAAUCCUCUGUAGUCUGGCAUCUGAGGCCUGAGAACAGUAGAGAAUCAGUAGGGACGACCAACACAACACCCUGAACCCAGCCAGUAACGGUACAAAGACGGGAGACACGCAACAUACACGACAACAGGCUGUUUACGCACGUUUGACAAUGAAAUCCAACCAUGAGCGUAACAACGGAUGCCUGCCUCCUAAGAAGCGUGAGAUGCUGUCUCUGGAGCACAGGCCUGUGGCGGUGGCCACGGCGCCACAGGCCCCGCUGGCCCUCCCUCCCGAGGCCCUCCACACAGAGAACCUGGCCUGGCUCGCCAGUGUUGCCACCGAGCGCUGCAAGUCCCGGGAUGCAGAGAGUCACGGGUAUCCCAUCUCCUCCUCCUCCUUGUCGGUCCUGGCAGACACCUCCUCCGCAUCCCCCGUCAUUCCUUCUGCGGUCGGGCCGCUUUCCGUGCCCCUAGCCUCCCUUCCGACCGUGUACCCCAGCAGCCUCCCCCAGCAGCCCGGGACCAUCCAGUACGCCCAGCUCACUCCCAACGUCCAGUUCAUCAGCUCCGGGCCCUACGCCGGCUACAUCUCAUCCCACAUCCUCUCUGCCAACCCGGCCUCUACCACCAACAGCUCGGUGGGGCCCCGGCAUCAUCUGGACGGCUACACCACCGCCAUCAUCUCUCCCGGCGUCAAAGGGGAGCAGCAGCAGCAGUUCCAGAUCGGCCUCUCCUCCGCCGACCUUACCACCGUGUCCAUGGCCGGUUCAACGCAGGUCACCGGCCAGUACAUCCACCUGGACAGCAGGACGGCCCUGCCCAUGGCCGGGGGAACCGUCUCCUCCCAAGCAGGUCACCUACCCCUCCAGCUCCACACGCACCAGACCGUCCUCCCACAGACCCUCACCUUUGCCCCCUCCCAGCUGGUGGUCCAGUACAGCGACGGCUCACUGGUGAAGAAAGUGGAGGGCCACGGCAAGGCACUGCUCAACGGAGAAGGGGAGCUGCUGAAGCAGGCCGGGGCCACGGCUCAGACGCUGAACCACCACCAGCAGGUCCAGAGCUACGAGGCUCGACACAUCCUCCUCCCUGCGGACUAUGCCCAGAACCACAGCGGGCUGCAGACCUCCCUGGUGCUGGUGGCCCAGCAGCCAACUGCUGAGCCAGAGGCCAGCUCCAACAAGCUGUCCCUGCUGCACAAGGAGAAGGGCGGGAUCUGCCUGGGGAAGCCCGUCCACAGGACGUCUGCCUCAUACGCCUCGGAGGUAUUGAAGUCUUCCGGCCCGCAGAGAGUCCUUCAGACUGGCUUGUCCCCGGAGGAGAUGCCCGCCAGCCUCUACACCUCCACACAGCCUUCCAUCAUCGGCUACAUCUCCAGCGGCGGCCACCAGCAUGCCGUUAGCUACCACGGCACCCUACCUCAGCACCUGGUCAUCCCCAGUGGGCAGUCACUCCUCAUCCCAGUCAGCGGGACCUCCAGCGGUGUGAGCUCCGCCAUGGAGCAGGAGGUCAGCCACAAGCUGAAAGCCACCACCACCACCACCACCACCACCACCCACAUCUCCACCACCAUGCCCCACGCCUACCUGGCCACAGCGCUGUCGAAGUGUGAGGUGCUCAGCUCUGAAGGGCACCAGCUGCCCCCCACCAUUACCCAGGCAUCGCCGCUGCCCCACCCCAUUCUGCCCUCCAUCCCAGCUCCAUCUCCGGUUCCAACCUCCCCUGUAACUGCGCCGGCUCCUGCCCCGGUCCCUCCCGCAGGCACCGCCGCCCCGUCCUCGUCCCCCGUGGCGCUGCCUCCGUUCUUCAUGCGCGGCUCCAUCAUCCAGCUGGCGGACGGGGAGCUGAAGCGGGUGGAGGACCUGAAGACGGAAGACUUCAUCCACAGCGCUGAGAUCAGCAGUGAGCUGAAAAUCGACUCCAGCACGGUGGAGCGCAUCGACGACGGGCAGACGCCCAACGCCGUGGUCAUCCAGUUUGCCGUGGGAGAGCUCAAAGCGCAGGUAUGUGUGGAGGUGUUGCUGGAGUACCCCUUCUUCGUGUUUGGCCAGGGCUGGUCAUCCUGCAGCCCAGACCGGACCACCCGGCUGUUCGAGCUGUCCUGUGCCAAGCUGUGUGUGGGUGACGUCUGUGUGUCGCUCACCCUGAGGGGUCUCAGGAACGGCUCGGUCGCCAGCCCCCAUCCGACCGGAGGGGGUGCCAAACUGAGGACCGCCUCCCCCGAGCCCCCGCCGGGCGGCACGGACACGGCCCCACCGCAAUGCCACACGCUGGGCCCCCGUGCUGCAGGGGGCAGCAGCGCCAGGCUGCUGAUGAAGGCGGCCGUGGAGAAGCCCCAGGGCAACGGGACGACGGGAACAGGAGGUCAGCGCGUGCCGACCGGACCGGAGGUGUUCCCUUGGCCGGUCGGGGGAGGGGCGGGAGCAGUGCUGAAGAGCAGGGAGGAGGCGCACACCUCAGGGAACGGAGACGUCAGACACAGACGGGCGCACACGGACCACCUCUCCCCUGCUCCUCCUCCUGCACCUCCUCCUCCUCCACCUCCUCCACUUCCUCCUCCGUCCGAUGCCAUCGCCAUGGAAACGCAGAGACCGUCCUCGGGCCGUAAGCGGCGCUGGUCCGCUCCGGAGAGAGAGCAGACAGACAGGAGGGAGGAGGCUUCUCACCACGCUCUGCCCCAGCCCUCCUUCCUACCCCAGGAGAUGAAGAUCAGCAUCGAGGGGCGCUCCAGUGCAGGGAGCUGAAUGCGGAGGAGGACAGAGGAUACAUGAAGGACAAGAGGCCGUCUGAUUGGUAUAUCAACACGGCUCCAGUCAUCGCUGUCAUUGUCUGUCUUCAUCCAGACUACUGUGAUAUAGGCUUAGUUUACACCAUAUCUACAGGUUCAUGUUCCAUCCACGCCUGCACUCCACAGCGCAGUGCUGCGCCCUAGUGUACGGCGCCACAUCGAGGGCAGUGCAAUCUAUCUUGAGUGAAGUGUGUCUGGGGUGCACAAAGUCUGACUGGCAGCCGCCCAUCCAGGCAGCGUUUGGUUGAGUUCCUUUGUGUCAGGUCAGUUAUUAAUGCCCUUCGUCUUGGGAUUCACCCUGAAGAGUGAGGUUCAAUGCACCGGCUCCCUUUUUCUUUUUCAUUUGCCCUGGGGCAGACCCCAACUAAGAGAGCACAUAGACAUCUGGUAUGAUCCCCGGUUUUGGCGAGUAUAUCUCCUCCUGUAUGUCUCAUGUUUUGUUUCAUGUUGUCUGAGUCUAGGAUAAAGUCCAGAGAUAAAGGGAAACUGCUUUGUUUAUAACCAUGGAAACACUCGCUUAUCAACAAUCCCCGCCAUAGCGCUGAUGUUUCCUGCAUCUGAUGCAUUGGUAGAAUUACUUUCUUCUCUCUUUCCUCAUCAUUUAAAUUAUGACCUUUUUUUCUUCUUUUCUGGUGUAUCUUUCACAUUAAUGUGGAGGGGUGUGCCAGUGGUGGGUGUGUUGUAUGGGCCAUCAGGUAAACAGUGUGUCAUAGUGGAGCAAGUGUCAGGUCUUUGGCCAGUGGCUAUGGCUGAGACCGUCUUUAAAGAUAGCAGGUGCCUAGGUUGGGAAGGCUUGAAUGUACCCAUCCAUUUGUCCAGAGUUGACUCACAGAGGUGAUGCAUGUGUCUGUGUUUCGCCUAAUAAAGAAUACAUAAUCUCCAUGCUUGUAAUUUCAUGUGAAUGCUUUUGUAAUCCCUGGGUUGCAGUUGUACAGAGAUUCUAUGCAUCAUCAGAAGUCCUCAAUUUCAUAGUACUACUCUAUUGAUCCCUAGUUCCUAUAUCAUCUGUCAUUGUUAGAGAAAACUCAAUGGUCUCAAACCUCAACCUUAAUCUUGAGCAAUUAAUCAACUUCAUCUGUUUUUUUAAAUAUGCUCAUGGAUUAAUUGAUGAAAAUGUUAUAUUAUAUUACUUCCCAAACUAUUCAAAAUAUUGUAAGAAAUAGCCAAUUGUUAAAUUGUGAUAUUCUUUGGUUUUGGUUGUCAUAAUCUUCUCAAGCAGGGAACUGCACUUCUCUGCUGGUCAGACUCGCUUGUCUAGCUUUGUGGUGGUGGAAACCGAGCAUGCCAAUUUCUUUACAAUAGAGCCAAAACCAACAUUUUACAGUUCAUACUCAGGAACAGUGUGUACAAUCUUUGUCAGUAUGCUGGUGUGUAUCUGUGUUUGUGUGUGUGUGUUUGUGAGAGUGUCUGACUUGUCUGUCGGUCUCUGUUUGAGGGCCUGUGUGUGUAAACAUGAGCGUGUGUCAUAAGAGAAGCACUUCUAUUCACUUUGUUUGUAAAUGGAAAUAUGAACUGACUGUUUAAUCUAGUCCUGUCCUGCUCAUCUAUCAUGCUGAUGUAUUGGGUACUCUGGCACACAGUGUGCUCUGUACGUUCAGAUAGCUCUUUUUAAUUGUUUGUCAGAUGACUGACAAGUUACAUUUUUACAAGGUGAGAGUGAAAGGAACAUCACAUAUAGAUCACGUUGUUUAGAUACAGUUUAAAAGCACAGAACAAAUCCCAUAUGCAGCCUAUGAACGAGCCACAAGACCUCCUUAUCAAAUCAAAUCAUUCCAUGAGCUCACCCGUUUCACAGAGUCCUGCAACCAUUUACUCUCAGUUCACUUAUUGAUCCGAUGUAUAGGAAUGUGUUACAGUCAUAUAAACAGGUUACAGUCCACAAGGGGGAUAAAAAAAGUCAUUUUUCCAAUUUAUUUCUCUUGCACAUUGUAAAAAAUUGUUCAUAUAAGAAUAUUAUAAAAUAUUCAGUUAAUCAUGAUAGCCAUACUGUAUAUGUGUUCAAAUCAUCAAAACUCAUACGUUGUAUUACCCAGACUGUUGUGUUUUUGCUCAGGCUAAACACUGCCUUGUGACUGUUUUCCCCAACGAUAUGUAGUUUAACUGUUGCUAUCACGACGUUGUGCCGUUGUUAACUCAAAUAUGUCUACGAGACGACUAUUUCCUCUUGAUACGCUUGAGCAAGAGACAAAAAUACUUUUAUUCCAGAUGGAAGUUCACACUUGGGCCCUUGAAUCAACCUCAAUUGUAAACGUACCCUCUAUCUCUACGGUGGACCUGGCUCCUUGGUCCCUAGGUCCACCUUGAAGUCUGUUGUGAUUCUGAGUGUUGUGCGUGAGCACCACCUGCUGGUUCUCUAAGGGAACAGUACUUUAACCACUGUCGUGUGAACACCAUCUGUUGGUUCUCUAGGGAGCAGCACUUUGGCCAGUGUCGUGUGAGCACCACCUGCUGGUUCUCUAAGGGAACAGCACUUUGGCCUGUGUCGUGUGAGCACCACCUGCUGGUUCUCUUAGGGAACAGCAAUUUGGCCAGUGUCGUGUGAGGAGCACCACCCUCUGGUUCUCUAAGGGAACAGCACCUUGCCAGUGUGGUUGCUACGAGUUGUAUUCAUCGUGUAUUGUAUUGUACAGACAUUGUUGAUUGCCUAAGUCUUCCAAGAGUUAGGGUUAGGGUUAGUGUUAGGGUUAGUAAAGAUAUUCUUGACGUCAUUUAGGAGGAUAGACACUAGUAUACAUUUUCCCAUUUUACAGCAGACAGUGAAUAUCUGGUAAAGUAAAGGUUUACAUCUGAGACCGACUAAAUCGCCCCCCCCCCCCCCCCCACACACAACAAACACACAUUUGACACACAGGAACGUGACCUGAGAUUCCAUUAUUUGCACCAGCUCAAACAACCAGGACACGAUGGAUUAAAAUACUUACGAUUUUUUAAAUGGGUCAGUGAGUCUGUUGGAUAAAUCUCAUAUGUCUUGUAUACACGAUGAAUAAUGUUAAAAUAUUUUGAUGGUGUUAACGUUUGCUAUUAAGAAAAAUGUUAAAUCCUUAUUUCAAAUGUUUGCUUUACAUUUAUUCAAAUUUAUUGAAAGAAAUAAAGAGCAUAAAUACGA